UCUUACAACAGCUGUUCAAAACAAUCGACUGUGGGCGCAGACGAUGGCCAUUGGAUUUUCCCUUCGAUUAAUUCCGAAUACAUACUGCUUCACUCUGUGACUUCUUCUUGCUGCUCUGAGGAUUUAGCUUCGAUGAUAGCUUUGAGAAGCCGUUGGAACAGUUCGAUUUUGUUCAUUUUUCGCAGUCCCUUCAAUACGUUUGUCGCCCCAUUACCCAGAUAUGGGCGACACUAACCUCGUUCAAAUUGAAUGGGAUUUCCAAACCGAAUUUGAUCGAAUUGACACCUAAAUAUAAAUUUAGGAUAUGUGGAAAAAUCUUAAAAUCAACACCAUUAAAGUAUAUUGUUUCUUCUAUACUUUUUACUAUUUCACAUUUCGGAUGGUUUGUAAUAUUGUUUCAUUCGAAAUCCAUAUAAUAUGACAUUGGAAUGUGUUAUUAUUGUUAGUUUGUCUUCAAAUAGAAAAAAAAUAUGCUAGAUUAUGUAUAAUACGUGUACACAUAGAGCUCGACCUUCAUUGAUCAAUUUAUUCGUCAGUUGAGCCCUGUAAUAAACUCGGUGGCAGGGGCGAAUAAAUUGCAAAAUUUAAGGCCUCUUAAAGCCAAAAAGAAGAACAAGAGGAACAGGAAGAAGAAGAAGAAGAAGAAGAAAAAGAAAAAAAACUCAGCCGGAUCGUCUUGGGCGACGAACUAAAUAUAUGAAUAACGAAAGACUCUUUUUCCUUUGCAAUCUAAUAUGAAAAAUUACGUUAAAAUAGUUCUGAGAAAAAAUGUUUAAUCUCGAUGGUGAACUACGUAGCGCCAGUGAUAGGAUAAGUGGCGAAGAGGAACGAUACAUUUUGCAAUACGAGAUUUUUGUUUUAUCCCAUUUGUUGAUUUAUUUAGGCUCAUUACUAUUUUUUAGCUGUAACGGAGCCGGAUAUAAUCGUGUACAUGUUACAUGUUUUAUCGAAUCUAUAAACUGUACAUUACACAUAAGCCAUUUUCGAGCAAAAGAGUAUUUCUUCUAUACCAUUGUAUAUGAUACAUUACAACAGUAGCCGUAUAGACGGAAGAGUUCCUUCUGUUCUUCCAUUGUUCAGUUAGACCGAACAGCGGAGACAGUUGAUAUUGAUCAUUGUUGUGUUCUUUAUAGCACAACAGUCCGAUGUUUCUUGCAGAGCAGAGCAGCAGUAUGGACGAAUCGAUCUUCAUUCGACCGCGGAUCGACCUCCAUUGUUGAUGAUUGUUGCAUGGACGUAGUUAUUCUAUAACAACACAAAAAUGGUCAAUUGAGGGCCCUGAGUUUUGAACUCAUGAUCGAUUGCUUGGUAAGCGAACGCGCCACCAAUGUGGCUACCAAGACCCCAUUGCAACAUGAGAUACGAGACACAGAAAUUGCGUUGAAUGUAUGUUAGAUCGAAGAUCGGGAGAAGUUAUUAUUGGGAAAUAUUGAUGAUGAUGGUCCCACCUCGUUCCCCUACAAAGGUUUGAGCGGGACGAGUUCUCUUAUUGAUAAUUAUUAUAUUACAAUAUUUAUAUUUGUCAUCAACUAACCAGCAAUCAAAAUAAAUUGAAAUGAAAACGAACUGAUUAUCUCGCAGACAUAGAUUACAAAUCGAAAGAACAAUAUAAGUCAUUAUCUCAUUGUAUUUAUUCCAUAGCAUGUUAAGAGAGUUUUCAACCCGGAAAGACCCCAGACUGAUCGGGAAUUGAACCCAAUACCUAUGUCAGUAUUAGCAACGAAUUUACAAAGAAAUUCCCGCUUCACCGAAUACCCGACAACGGUCCGUUAAUCGUUUACGAGACCAGACAGCUGAGCAAACCUAAGCCUAAUUAUAUAUAUGCUUCGCCUAGUGUGGUGGCAUAAAACUACACAAAUAUCAGCUCAGAAAAAAUACAGGUAUGCCAAUAUCUGUAUCUUCUCAGAUAGCCAAACAGCUCUCAACCUCUUCGCGUACAACAUCGUACAACAUCGUACAACAUAGGGCGCUAGAACGCUCAGCAGAGUGGUGAAAUCACUUGAUAUGUGACGUUUGAAAUAAUACGCUAAGGGGUUAAUGCAGUAAAAGCAUACACAUCUCAGUCAAAGCUAGAUUGGGAAUGUAUUCUAUCCUUAGACCAACUAGCUGCUACUCACGAAGACAAUCUAUACUGGGUGCCUGGUCACUGCGGCAUAGAAGAUAAUGAAAAAGCUGAUCUCUUAGCAAGAUUAGGAUCUUCAACUAAAUUCGUCGAGUCUGAGCAAUUUGAAUUAUCUACAUCAUGCAAGAAAUCAGAGCUCAAACCUGGGAAAUAUCGAUGAUUGAAGCCAAUUGGAGGGCUCUAUCAACAUCAAGACAAUCCAAAUUAUUUAUUAUAUUAUGUAACAUAAUAACACGCAGCCAACUCAGCUUGAAUAAGGCAGAUUUAAGUAUAUUAACCGGUCUAUUGACCGGACAUUGUCCGAGCAGGUAUAACCUUAAAAAAAAUCGAUAGAUGAUAAUUGUCGUAAUUCCGAAGCUAAAUCAUAGGAACAUUUACAUCGUCAAUGCAGUACUCUAAUUCAUUGAGUAAGAUUGAGUAUUCUUGGACAGGGUAUUCUUAUGUUUAACAAGAUUUGGCCUGCUGAAUCAGAAAAAGGUAAGGAACUUUAUAUAGGAAGUCAUACCUUCGUGGGGGGAUAAAAUCAGUAUCAGACACAAUUUCCGUUCGAGAUUCUUCCUCACUUGCAGAAAAUGUGUUAAUCUGUAACAUAGAACACUUAUGUGAUACGGUACAGCUAAUUCUCACUAAUAAAUUUUGUUUUAUAAUGCAAGGUAACACUAUUGGCAUAACAUGAUUGAACUUGAGUCAUACGGAUUACAGAAUGCAAAAUUGGGAUCCGUUUGGCCAAUUCUGACUCAAUCGAAUUUAAAAAUAUGGGAGAGUAGUUGAUCAAUAGACGGAUCUGAAAUUUCCGAGGAAAUUACACAAUAGAUUUCCUCAGGGCGUAUUUGUUCUACUAAAAAUGUGUGAAUGAGAUAAUCCUCGCGUUUGUCAUUCAACCGAAUACAUGCAGCAACGUGUGGGACGAAAUAUGUGUAAUGUCGUAAUAAGACUCGUUUAGGAUUUCAUAUUUUGUUUGAACACAUGUGCUGUAAUGUCAUGUGCAUUGCUUUUCGGUCUGGCAAUAGCAAAGGUUGUGUCGGUAUGCUCAUGAUAGCGGCUCGCAAGUGAAUGUUAUGUUCCUUACGCUGCUCCUGUUUAUUGCAUCGUAAGGAUCGUAGUCGUUCACUUUCUACCUUCGCCUACAUGUCAAUCAUGAAUUAUUGGCGCUGCUCACGACUUCGUAGAAUGACGUUGUCCUGAUCGCAUGGAAUCACCAUACGAUAGGGGAAAGUAGGUAAAGACGGACACUGCGGGUAAGAUGGACACUUUUAAUAUUUCAUUAACUAAAAUUUUUUGAAAUAUUUUAGUUAUGCAAAUACUUUCAAUAAAGUGUAUCAAUACUUUCGAGACACACUGUUGAUUUCCAGCGAACGAACUGUCAAGCUUGUAAACAAAACAAAAAUUAUCUUCGCGGGUGCACCAUUCGAUGUAAUUUUUACUUCGUAGAAAAUAGCGAAAAGUUCGUGAUUUUUUGUUUUUUACGUGUUCCUCCAACGGGUAAGUGUUUAUUUAGUCCAUCAAUAAUUAUCCUGUGAUAAAUCAGGGGUUUUUCAACGCUUAUAGGAAGAGCUACGGUCAUUCGAAAAAAAAGCUGCCAGUUUGGGCAAGACGGACACAUUAAGGUAAGUAAAGACGGACACUAGUAUUUUCCUAGGGUAUUUAACAAAACUUUUUGGUUUUACUAUAAAGAUGCCUACAAAUUACAAGCGCAAGAGUAAUCGGCAGUCGUGGACCGCUCAGCAGUUGGAACAAGCCAUUAAGGCUGUAAAAAGUGGAUCGCCGGUGAAGACAGCAGCAAGAAGUUACUCAAUUCCAAGAUCCACACUGAUUCGCCACCUCACAAGUCCAACUGUAUAAACUCGGCUAGGACCUCUUGAUUCCGUAUUCAAUUCUCAACAAGAAGAGGAGCUGGUACAACAUCUGUUGGAUUUGGAAAAGAGGUUCUAUGGAAUAACGAUGACUAAUGUUCGAAAGCUUGCUUUUGAUCUGGCCCAAAAAAAUGGAUUGCCACACCCGUUCAACAAGUCUACCAAGAUGGCUGGAAAAGCCUGGCUAAGCAAUUUUCUGAAACGAAAUCCCAAAUUGUCGUUCCGUAAACCUGAAGCUACCUCUGCCGCCCGAGCCAGAGGCUUCAAUAAGCCAGCAGUAUCUGCGUUUUACGAUUUGCUGGAAGAAGCGCUGAAAGAUCCCAAAUUGACGCCAGAUCGUGUUUUGAACGCCGAUGAGACCGUUCCUCCGAAGAAGUCUAAGGUAGCGGUAUUGAAGGGCAAAAAACAGGUUGGUGGUAUUACAUCUGCGGAACGCGGAGAAACAGCUACGGCAGUAAUGUGCAUGUCCGCAAACGGACAGCACCUUCCGCCGUUCUUCAUUUUUCCUCGCAUGCGGAUGCACGAAGCUUUGAAGAAAGGGGCAUCACGUGGAAGCAAAUUUGCCUGUAAUGCAUCGGGUUACAUGACGGUCGAAAUAUUCAAUGAGUGGUUCGAUCACUUUUUGGAGCAUGUAAAACCUUCUGAAGACAGUACUGCCUUGCUCAUAAUUGAUGACCACUCGUCGCACACGAAGAACCUAGCUUUUACCGAGAAAGCUAGAGCUAACUUUGUUAAGGUUCUAGUUUUACCACCUCACACUAGCAACAAACUUCAACCGCUUGAUGUAUCCUUUAUGGCACCUUUCAAGACGUACUACGCACAGGAAGUAGAGCGUUUCCUACAACAGAAUCCAGGUAAAGUCGUCAGCCAAUAUGACGUUGCCGAGCUCAUGAAACCUGCAUUCAUCAAGGCGGCUACUACGGAAAUUGCUGAGAAAGGGUUCGAAAAAACAGGAAUUUGGCCAUUUGAUCGCAAUAUUUUUUCCGAUGAUGACUUUGCCCCGGCCACGGUGACUGAUCAACCCGAUCCUGAGAUUCUUCGUGAAGAAGAGACGUUUCGAUUGCAUCUUGAAGGUGCGCCUAGGCAAUCGACCGUAAAUCGCAUUUUCUGUGAGGAUAAAGAAGUUCAAGUGCUUCCCGAAGACAUCAUGGCUGAUUUCGCAAAACCGGACAGCAUCUCAAGGGCCAAUAACCCGGUGUUUGAAAUAUCUCCGUCGAUCAUACUUCCGUUACCGAAAAUGGUCACCCCGAGAGUCACGAAGAGAAAACGCCAAGCAGAAAAGGCAGCUGACAUAACGUCUGCUCAAUACGCUGACACUUUGAAGAAGGCGAAAGCAUCGAAAGACAUUAAAUCCAUCAAAAAAGAACAAAAACAACGCUCUUCGAAGAAGCCUAAGCAAAAUAAGGGCAAAGGGAACACCUCAUCUGAUAAUCUAUGCGAGGAAUGCGGAAGCCAGUUUUCUGAUUAAGAUUUCGGGACAGGUUGGACAAUAUGCUUACAAUGCAUUUCAUGGUUCCUCGCUGAAUGCUUUACUUCUGCUGCAACUAUUUGUCAGAACUGCUCUUGAUUAGUCUUUUUUUUUCUUGUUUUUUUAUUCAAACGUAAAAUUGAAUUAAUUUAAAUACUCAAAUGAACUUAAACCAUCGAUGAAUUGUUUUUAAUGCUUUAUAAAGAAACUUUCGUUUUGAAAUAUUUUUAAGUGUAUCAUUAAACUUUACAAAUAAAUUAUCGUCUUCCUAGGAGGUCAUUUAAAAUAUGCGUUGGCUAUUUCAGAUCCUUUUCCUUCCUUUGCGAGGACAAUGGCCCGCAAAAAUCCAGAAAUUUUUGCAUGGAGUGUAUGUAUUUGACCUCUUCUGUCGUUCCCUUCCAAGGAUGAAACUGUCCACGAACAACAUGAGUAGCCUUUCGAAUCGUAGCGUAAUUCAAGAACACUCCCCAAUGCUGAAAACACUAAAAUACGUACAAAAACUACAACUUUUCCGUAAGUGUCCAUCUUUCCCACCUUAGUGUCCGUCUUACCCAUUCCAGAUGUCCGUCUUUCCCGACCAUGUGAAUAGUAUUAUUGUGUAGUAUAGUAUAGUAUAGUAUAGUAUUUCGAUGCAUUUUUUUCAAUGACCCAGAAUACAUCAAUGUUGGAAUAAAUUUACUAGUAUCAACGGUAAUUAUGAUAGAAAAGGACCUGAAGUUUCAAUUUGUAUAACAACUGCGAUCAUGAAAGCUAUAUAUGUGUAAAAAUUGAGAUUACACCUUAGGGUGUCCUACACAUAAAAAUCCAUUGAGCUCUCUCCAUUCUCUUUUUUAUUUCGUUUCCUCUAACCGCUCACAUUCAACGAUCUUAUUGGGUAUGAAAAUUCUUGAUACAUCUGGUUUUCGCAUGAACAAAAAAAAAUCGUCAUAAAAAAGUGCUUCGUUUUUUCUUCAAAUUGCCACCAUUCCGGGUAAAUCCCUUUGGUGUGCCCGAGGCUCAUACCAUUGCGGCGUCUUUAGCGAUUAAUAAUCUGUUGGAUAUUUUAAUACAUACAAAAUCUAAUUUGUUUUAUUUGUUCAGGGCUCGAGAAAACGUCCGAAAAUCAUGCCUCUACACUAGAAUAACCCUUCAAGGUUCUCGAAAUAAAACCAUUUUUCGUCGUCAGUGACAAACAGUGACAAACGAUGGCCAAUUGCUGUUUGGGGCACAUUCAGUGUUUCUGCCCGUUUUUGUUAUGUUUGGGCUGGGUUUACAUCCGAAUCUUAUGUUUUACGUGCAAUGAAUUCUUCAACCCUUUGCGGUCGAGAUUAAUUUCCCAUGAAAGAGAUCCUAUUACCAUUCCACGCUAAUAAUCUUUUGUUUACACCGAGUACCGUUAUCUUUUAUCCAUAGAAACAGAGUAUUAAUUCGAAAACAAGUUCACUAGACAUUAAAAUUCAUUUAAAGUAUUUAGUAUUUAGUAUAGUUCCUUACUGUAGAUUCAAGUAUUUAGUAUAGUUCCUUACUGUAGUGCCUGAGAGCAGACAUGCGACCGCAAAGGGUUAAUCUACCAUAUGAUGACGAUUGAUACAUUUCCUACAACAAUUGUCAGUACAAAUGGUUGCUCUAUCGAAAUUUGAAUUAGUUGAUCUUGCUUUUUUAGAUUUUUUUUGCCUUGGAUUAGCGAACCUACAAGCAGAUGAACUACUAAACUACUUUAGCAUGAAAUACGAUAUUGGAAGAUGAUGAAUCGAUACUAAUGAAUUUUCUAUCAUGUUUCCAU